UUAUUAAGGUUUAGAAAUGUUCCACUACAUUUGCCUCCAAAUUGUUUUUGUCAGAAUAUUUAAAUGCAACAAAAACUCGUAUCAAACAGAUCAAACAAAUACAAUCAGCUUGGUAGUGUUUAGGCCUAUGAGUACUUCCGACGGCAGUUUCGUCGUUUACGAAAGCUUCCCUACUAGAAUGAGCGAAAACAAACUUGUUAUAAUGACACUGAUACAGAGUACACGACCGAACCUAAACAAAGAAAGGACAGACGACAUCCAUCGAAUCGAUCGACAGCAUCGUAUCGGAACUUCCUGCACACGAAAUUCAAGUCCACUAUUAACUUCAGUCUGUGAUCACCAAAUCUAGUUUCUUUUUUCUCUAAAAUGCAUCGAUUUUACACUUGUUUUGUGCUAGUAAUAGGUUUGAGUAUCAUAAGUGCCUACAGACCAGUGGUUAUUGUUCAUGGAAUCCUCACUGGAGCGGACAGUAUGCUACUUAUAGUUGACGAAAUACAAAGGCAUCAUCCGGGAACAGUAGUGUACAAUACGGAUCGAUUCGAGGGAUGGUCCAGUUUGGAAAAUGCCUGGCAUCAGGUUUUAGAGUUUAAUGGAGACUUGCAGAAAAUAUGUGAAAAACAUCCGGACGGUGUGAUACUGCUAGGGUACUCACAGGGAGGUCUGUUAGCUAGGGCAGUGCUACAAACAUAUCCAGACCAUUGUGUGAAGAAGUUUAUAUCAUUAAGUUCACCACAAGCCGGGCAGUUUGGAACCGAUUUCCUGCAUCUGAUAUUCCCAUCACUGGUUGCGAAAACAGCUUAUCAGUUAUUCUACACCUACGUCGGUCAGCACACUUCGGUUGGCAACUACUGGAAUGAUCCGCACCAUCAGGACCUUUUCGAACAAUUUAGCAUUUUUCUGCCUUACAUCAACAAUGAUCUUCCAUCUACGAACUCGACCUUGUUUAGGGAUUCAAUGCUUCGGCUGGAGCAGUUGAUUCUAAUCGGAGGGCCCAAUGAUGGGGUUAUCACCCCGUGGGAAUCAAGUCACUUCGGGUACUACAAUGAGUCCGACGAUGUAAUUCCUUGUAAGAAGCGAAAAAUUUAUUUAGAGGACCGGAUUGGCUUGAGGACAUUGGACAGAGAUGGACGGUUGAAACUGAUUACUGUUCCGGGAGUUAAGCACUACGAGUGGCACCUGAAUACCGAUGUGGUUGAGAGUGUGGUUUUGCCACAUUUGGAUUAGGCUGCUCAGGAUAAGGGAAAAAAUGUGAUAUGGAGCUCAUUGGUGCUGGUAAUGCCGGUGUUAUGUGACAAUUAGAUGGUUAGGUUAUCAAAUUGAAUGAAUCUAGUGUAAAAUUGCGUGAAUUAUAGGAAUAAAUGUAUUAGAUAUAACAGUAGAAUUGGAUGAAAUCAAUCA